CAUUACCACCAGAAUAUUGUUAAAAUCGACUAAGAAAGAAGGACAAUUAAAGAAGAAGUGAUUUAAAUCGAUCGCUAUCUAAAUUGUGAUUAUUUAAUUGCGUUUAUUACGAUACUGAUUUUUAAUGUGCGGCAAUAACAGGCUAACUUUAUCUUCAAUUCUAUUAUACCAGUGUCUGUAAAUAUUUUAAUAAUCUAUCUUUCCCGAGCGACACAAGACGAAUAAAACAACAAAGAGAGAAAGAGAAAGGAAAACCUUGUCAGACAAUCCUCGAGAGCUCAAAAAAUUAGAAUAUUUACAAAAAUAAAUAUAUAUCGCCUAAAUAAGCUGUCACGCACAAUCCGACACAGACCUCUUCAGAUAACUUUGAACUCGUCAAGCUUUGAAAACUUGUUAAAGUCAUCUCCGGAAUUGCUAGUGUCGACCAAAUUCGUGAAUUCGCGCGUUAACGGUGGUGAAUAAUAAAAGAUAAUUAUGUAUUAUUCCGUAAAUAGUGUCUUGUUAAAAUAGAAAAAAGAUACAUUUUGUGCGGUACAUCGCGCUUAUUAUUUUAAAGUUUCUUAGCAAACAACUUUGAAAAAAAAUGCGUCUACUCAUAAUAUUUGUUAUCUUCUUUGCGAGCGGCAACGUGGCGAACUGGUCGAAGAUGACCAACCCAUUGAUGAAAGUGUGGUAUACUUUUCUCCCUCAUUCCGAAUCGUCGACUAGCAACGAAAACGACUGCGCCGGCUGCGAGCAGAAUAAGGUCAACGUGAUCGAUCCCAACCCGUACUUGACCGAGCUGAGAGUGGAGUACGUGAAGCAGCAGAUCCUGAAGAAGCUGCGGCUGUCGAAGCCGCCCGAGGUCUCGAUGCCGCUGUCGACCUUGCCGAAGCCUUUGAUAAACGGCAAUGUGCUCGAACUUCGACCCGGAGCGCCCGAGCCGGAAAAACCGGCGGAACACUUCUACGGGAAAACCGACCAAGUCAUCGUAUUCCCAACCGAAGGUGUAACCGAUCCAACAAAAUACCGUCCGAAUUCGAAUCACAUAACAAGUUUCCACGCGGCGGCCGGUUUCACGUUUUACCUUCCGAACGAGAUGCUAUACGUCGCCGUGACUUCGGCGGAACUCUGGUUCUACAAGGAACAGGUCGAAAACGAUGAUGAGCUCAAGCAGACUUUCGUUCUAUCUGAGCUCGAUCACUGGGAUCUGGGCGGCAGCUUCGAAAAGAACACCGUCAUGGCAAUCUUCGAGACCGAUAUCGAAGAAGGUUGGGUAAAGACGGACAUAAAAUUCAUAGUGCAAAAAUGGAUAAAUCGACACCGACUGAAUCACGCCAUUCAAAUAACUUGCACCACCUGCUCAACCGUUCAGGAUACUUCGCCGGUGUCCGUCGAGCAGACUCUGAAACCGUUCCUGGUAAUUCAUACAGCACCGUUGCCGCAGAGAAAUAGGCUCAAGAGAAAUUCGAAUUGCCUGCCCCAGAUGAAGGACUGUUGUCGAGACGAUCUCUAUAUAAACUUUCGAGACAUCGGCUGGAGCGACUGGAUCUUACAUCCAAGCGGAUAUCACGCAUACUUUUGCCGAGGGUCCUGCUCCACAGCAGCAUCUUUAACUAAUAGCGCCUCACCUUAUAACAACGUUAUCAGGGGGUUGUUAACCAAAGAUGGGAUCCAGCAGAGGAGCAAAAUAGUGCCGUGCUGUUCGCCAACGCAGCUCGCCCCGCUUCAAAUGGUGUACAUUGACAGGAACAAUACGAUCACCCAGAAAACAUUGCCGAACAUGGUGGUGGAGGCUUGCGGUUGCAUGUAAUGCCACACUGUCCCAAAGGUGGACAGAGUGACGAACUAGUUAGUUACCCUCGGUGACGAGAAGACGAAGGACGAGACGAUUGACCGACCUCACGCCACCUUGUAUCAAGAGAUUCCUGUUUGCGCUUAAUCACCGUGAGUCUGAACUUUCGCCGAGGUGUUUGCAAAAUCCGUCCGUCUCGUUUCAAAGAGAUCGGUCGUGCGAAAGCGUACGAAAACGAUGAUCGACUCCCUGAGAUACCACGGCGGUAAUAAGGGCACGCUAUCGUCACGUCACGCGAGCUCACUCGCUUUAUGUAUGUUAUAUUAUACGUAUAUAAGUAGAUAAAAUUAUCACUGAUCUAUGUGAAUCUUUUAAUCUUUAUAAUUGAAGCUUUUCAAUUGUCAAUUGAUUUAUAUUGCUUAGUAGAGCAUAUUAAUCAUUUAUUCAUCUAUGAAUUAUAUAUGCAUAAAAUAAUGCAUAAUUUUUAUAUGCGAAUCGCCGGAUAAAAAGCACAAUAUAUCAUAAAUUUCAGUAAAAUGCUUUAUCUGCUUCGAACGGUUCGAAUCUAACAAAUUGUAGUAAAUGGAUAUAUAAUAGCCGUACUAUAUUCUUGUCCGUUCGAUAACAUAAAUAGGACAAAACAUGAGCUUACGUGACGCAACAACAGUACGUCCGUACGUGAAAUCUCGUCCUUAGGUUGAUUGCCCGAACCGCGAAAUCGACUCGAGCGAGCACUCGCGGUGCCAUGGGAAAUUAAGGCGUAAAUUAAGGCGAGCCGAAUCGUGGAGAGAGAGCUCGUUACGUAUUUUAGCGUAGAUACCGACACCCCCGCGUAUGCCCGCUGUACGUUUACAAGGUCGAUAGAGAGAGAGAGAGAGAGAGAGAGAGAGAGAGAGAGAGAGAGAGACCCUUCGGGCAAUUUCGACAACGAACUUUACCCCGUCGCGUCUGACUAUGUAAGGCCGUUUCUA